AUGGUGGGAAGAGAGGAUGCGACUGGGAACGAUGAGGCUCCUCCUCCUGGUCCUGGUUCCAAGAGAAUGUUUUGGCGGUCUGCGUCUUGGUCUGCUUCACGCACUGCAUCACAAGCUCCUGAGAGUGAGGAUCAGCAUCUCAACAUUCCGUGUGGGAACAGCUCCGGUCCGAGUCGGAGAUGCCCGACUGCUCCUUUAACGCCUCGGUCACAUCACAACAGCAAGGCUAGAGCUUGUUUGCCGCCACUGCAGCCUCUUUCCAUUUCCAGAAGGAGCUUAGACGAGUGGCCUAAGGCAGGCUCGGAUGAUGUAGGUGAGUGGCCUCAUCCUCCAACGCCUAGCGGGAACAAAACCGGGGAGAGACUGAAGCUCGAUUUGUCAUCGACGCAGAACCGGGUCCCUGAUAAGAGCUCUGGUUUAGCUAAGAGGGAGAAGAUUGCUUACUUUGAUAAAGAGUGUUCAAAGGUCGCUGAUCAUAUAUAUGUGGGAGGAGAUGCUGUGGCGAAAGACAAGAGCAUAUUGAAAAACAAUGGAAUCACACAUAUCCUUAACUGCGUUGGCUUUAUCUGUCCGGAGUAUUUCAAGUCUGAUUUUUGUUACCGGUCAUUGUGGUUACAGGAUAGUCCAUCAGAGGAUAUAACUAGUAUUCUGUACGAUGUGUUUGACUACUUUGAAGAUGUUAGGGAGCAGAGUGGAAGGAUCUUUGUUCACUGUUGUCAAGGGGUUUCACGGUCCACCUCGUUGGUUAUUGCAUAUCUGAUGUGGAGAGAAGGGCAGAGUUUUGAUGAUGCGUUUCAGUAUGUGAAGUCUGCUAGAGGUAUUGCUGAUCCUAACAUGGGCUUUGCUUGCCAAUUGUUACAGUGCCAAAAGAGGGUUCAUGCGUUCCCGCUUAGCCCUACUUCGUUGCUGAGAAUGUACAAAAUGUCACCGCACUCCCCUUAUGAUCCUUUGCAUCUUGUUCCUAAGCUGCUGAAUGAUCCAUGCCCGUCUUCUCUGGAUUCUAGAGGUGCGUUCAUCCUUCAGUUACCUUCUGCAAUCUACAUUUGGGUUGGUAGGCAAUGCGAAACCAUUAUGGAAAGAGAUGCGAAAGCUGCUGUUUGUCAGAUUGCUCGAUAUGAGAAAGUCGAAGCACCUAUUAAGGUGGUCAGAGAAGGCGAGGAGCCUACUUAUUACUGGGACGCUUUUGCAAGCAUUUUGCCUAUGGUUGGGGACUCGGUGGUUAAAAUUCAACCAGGUGAAAGGAAGGUCGACGCAUAUAAUCUGGAUUUUGAGAUAUUCCAGAAAGCAAUCCAGGGAGGUUUUGUGCCAACUCUGGCAUCAUCCAAUAACGAACAUGAGACUCAUCUUCCUGCAAGGGAAAACAGUUGGAGCUCACUGAAAUGCAAGUUUGCAUCAAGGUUUGAAAAAGGUUUUCGUUCUGCCUCCAAAGCGCCACUUUCCAGGGUCUAUUCUGACUCAAUGAUGAUCGUGCAUGCGUCAGGCUCACCUUCAUCAACGACCUCUUCAUCAUCGUCUGCUUCGCCUCCUUUUCUUUCUCCUGAUUCUGUGUGCCCACCAAAUUCAAGCAAUAGUCUAAAAGGGUUUUCACAAACUUCUGGGCUCUCUUCUUUGAGACCUUCUUCUAUUCCACCCCCUUUGGCAUUGCCUAAGUUUUCCAGCCUAUCUCUACUUCCUUCCCAAACUUCUCCACAGCCUUACACUGAACCGUCACCAAAUAGAAGGGUUUCACCUUCUCUUGCAGAGCGUAGAGGCAGUCUAAAAAAGUCUCUGAAGCUGCCAGGUUUAGCUGGUUCCAGUAGAGGCACAACGGGUUUCACUUUACAGCCGGAUGAUGGUAAUGACAUUGUCUUCAACUUGGAGGGUGUUAGAAAUGGUGAUCUCAAUCCAUUAAGCGAGUGCAAGGAGACAAUACCUUCUAGCAGAAUUGUAGAUUCAGAAUUGCCGCAGAACGAAAUGAGUAAAUGUGAUGAACACGAAUCAGGAAGUGGCGGCAACUUGGGCAAGCCGUUAGCAUGUCGGUGGCCAAGUAUGGAGAUGAUUACAGAACUGAGUAGAGCUUACUUAGAUUCGGAAUCUGCUAUAGGGAUUCAGUUGCCAAGUGAUGAUGUAGGAAAAACCGGUAGUAGGACUUUGUACAUUUGGAUAGGAAAGUCAUUCUCUUUGGAUAACAACUCUUCUCUGUUAGAUAGCAACACAACGUCGGGCACUGUGGAGAAUCUUGAUUGGGUAGAGAUUGGUGAAAUCAUUUUGUCUCAGAUGGACUUGCCAAAAGAUACCCCUAUAAAGAUAGUUAGGGAAGCUGAGGAUCAGACAGAGUUUCUUGCACUGCUGAGUGCGCUGUAG